CAAAGCGGCUGCUACGUGAUGAGACUUAUGGCGGGCUUUUCUGUUAGACUGGAGGAGGAAGCUUGAUCGUAGCAGGUUUCCGGGCAUUUCUGUAUCCCUCGAACCACCAUGGCCCAAGAGGAAAUUGUAAUUAUACGUGCAGAGCUGGAUCGUUUGUCUGCUGAACUACAAGAGACCACCGAAGACAAGUUACAAGCUGCUCAGUAUGGUCUGGUUGUGUUGGAGGAGAAUUCGGAACUGAAACAAAAGAAUUCUGAUCUGGAGUCAGAAUGCGAGCUGCUGAAGUUGGAGCUCAAGCAGAUGAAAGAGGCACUGGCUGAAUCUCAAACCAAUCACAAACGAACCGCUGAAGAUGGAGAGAGCAGGGAAGAACAUUUGCUUAAAGAAGCUGCUUCAAGAGAAGCAAAAUUAACAGAUAAGAUUGAUGAGCUUCACAGUGAACUCAAGCAGCUGAAAUCAUUCCGUACUAAUACUACUUCAGAAAAUGAUCGCCUGCACCUGGUAAUACAAAACCUAAAAAAGGAAUAUGAAGAAACUGAAAAAGAGAAGGCAAAGCUGCGUGAAGAAAUAAAACAGUGUAAGAUUAGUGAAAUGAGACAACUGCAAGAUUUUUCAGAACUAGAAGAAGAAAAUAUCUCUCUCCUAAAACAAGUGUCUGUAUUAAAAGAAAGCCAGGUUGAAUUUGAAGGAAUAAAACAUGAGCUGAAAAGAAGAACUGAAGAAAUUGAGGUUUUGAAUGGCCAAGUAGAAGAGCUGGUGAGGCUAAGAGAUAUCUCAGAAAGGCAGUUGGAAGAAACCCUAGAAUCUCUGAAAACUGAGCGGGAGCAAAAAAAAGAACUGCGACGUGAAUUAUCGGCCUUUCUUAAUUACGAUUCUAGCAGGAACUUGCAUGCAAACUUGGAGGAUCACAACGAAGAAGAGUUUGACAGUGGAUACAACUUUGGCAUAAGCAAAACGAAUGGAGAAAUCUUGAUGUCUACACCACGCAACAGUGACAUAUACCAUCCUGGUCCAAAUUUGGCAUUGAAUCUCUUCACAGAGCUUAAUCUUCCAGAAAUUCAAAAACUGCAACAGCAGCUCUUGCAGGUUGAUCGGGAAAAAGCCGCCAUGGUGGCUGAUCUUGAAGAGCUGAAAAAUAAUUUGGAUGUUACCAAGGAAGCUCUCUUCAAAGAACAAAAGCAAAAUGGUGAACUACUAGAGAAAAUGAAUGCUCUAAAAGAUGAUCUUGGCAACGAUGGAAGGAGGUGUGAAACAGAAGUCUUAAAAUGCCAGUGUAAGCAGGAAAAUACUGAGGCAUCCAGGCUCAAAAAGGAUCUUAAAGAAGCCCUGCAGCAAUAUCAGAACUUUAAAAAGAAAUACAAGGAAGAAAGAGAUGAAUGGGAGGGGAACAUGCAAGAAGUCACAGAAAGACUCACUCUGUAUAUGAAAUGUGAAAGAAGUGAUCAAGGACUGUUGGACGAACUGCAGGAAGAUUUGAAAACCCUACGGAGGUCAUACUGUGAUGUGCAGAGCAAGCUGAACCUGGCACAGGAUGAGCUCAUGUCAUUCACUGAGGAGCUUGCCCACCUAUAUCACCACGUGUGCAUGCGAAAUAAUCUGACGCCCAACCGUGUCAUGCUAGAUUAUUAUAGAGAUGGAAAGGGCUCCAAGCUGCACUUCCGAAAAAGAAAGUCUUCUGACUUUUUCGGAAAGCUUUUAGUCAGUCCAGAUAUGGAAAUAACAGAGAUACAGAGUGGGGAAUGUUCCCCCCUAAGUAGCCCUGCAUCUUCCAUUGGGUCAGAUUAUGGGGACUCUUCCAGAGAACCUCUUAGUAUAACUCAUUUUAUAGCAAUUGUUAAAGACCAGAUUAAACACCUGCAGGGUGCUAUUGUGGUGUCCUGGCAGCACACCUCGUUAGAAAGCAUAGCUUCGGAAAUGGACAAGGACAAAGAGGCUCUAGUGGAUGAAAUAAUGAAACUUAAAUCUUUGCUGAGCACUAAAAGAGAACAAAUAGCCACUCUGAGGACUGUUCUGAAGGCUAACAAGCAGGUACAGUUUGUAUUAAUUAGGGCUCCCGGUUUUGUAAUAUUUAUUUUUUAAGUGUCCCACAUGUGUAUAGAUGUACAUUUUUUUGUCUUGUGAAUGUGUAGUUUUUUUUUAAUAUUUUUGAUAAAUAAAUUAAGUACUGUUAAAA